AUGUGGAAAGCUUGUCGACGUGAACUCAAAUCAAACCUGAAGAAGAAGUUCCAGUGUUUGUUUGAGGGUGUGGCUAAAGCAGGAAACCCCACCCUUCUGAAUGAGAUCUUCACAGAGCUCUACAUCACAGAGGGAGGGAAUGGAGAGGUCAAUGAAGAACAUGAGGUCAGACAGAUUGAAAGAGCUUCCUGGAAACCAGACAGACCAGAAACAUCCAUCAGACAAGAAGACAUAUUUAAAGCCUCAGCUGGAAGAGACGGACCAAUCAGAAGAGUGAUGACAAAGGGCGUGGCUGGCAUUGGGAAAACAGUGUUAACACAGAAGUUCACUCUGGACUGGGCUGAAGACAAAAGCAACCAGGACAUACAGUUCAUGUUUCCCUUCACCUUCAGAGAGCUGAAUGUGCUGAAAGAGAAGAAGUUCAGUUUGGUGGAACUCAUCCAUCACUUCUUCACUGAAACCAAAGAAGUAGGAAUCUGCAGGUUUGAAGACUUUAAGGUGGUCUUCAUCUUUGAUGGUCUGGACGAGUGUCGACUUCCUCUGGACUUCCACAACACUGAGAUCCUGACUGACGUCACAGCGUCCACCUCAGUGGACGUGCUGCUGACAAACCUCAUCAGGGGGAAACUGCUUCCCUCUGCUCGCCUCUGGAUAACCACACGACCUGCAGCAGCCAAUCAGAUCCCUCCUGACUGUGUGGACAUGGUGACAGAGGUCAGAGGGUUCACGGACCCACAGAAGGAGGACUACUUCAGGAAGAGGUUCAGAGAUGGGGAGCAGGCCAGGAGGAUCAUCUUCCACAUCCAGACAUCACAAAGCCUCCACAUCAUGUGCCACAUCCCAGUCUUCUGCUGGAUCACUGCAAAGGUUCUGGAGAACAUGCUGAAAACCAGAGAUGGAGGAAAACUGCCCAAGACCCUGACUGAGAUGUACAUCCACUUCCUGGUGGUUCAGUCCAAAGUGAAGAAGGUCAAAUAUGAUGGAGGAGCUGAGACAGAUCCACACUGGACUCCAGAGAACAGGAAGAUGAUUGAGUCUCUGGGGAAACUGGCUUUUGAGCAGCUGCAGAAGGGAAACCUGAUCUUCUAUGAAUCAGACCUGACAGAGUGUGGCAUCGAUAUCACAGCAGCUUCAGUUUACUCAGGUGUCUUCACUCAGAUCUUUAAAGAGGAGAGAGGCCUGUACCAGGACAAGGUCUUCUGCUUUGUCCAUCUGAGUGUUCAGGAGUUUCUGGCUGCUCUUCAUGUUCAUCUGACCUUCAUCACCUCUGGAACAAAUCUGUUGUCAGACGAACCAACAACGAGCCAGUGGUCCAUACAAACAAACAAACCUGAACUAAAUCAUCUGCACCAGAGUGCUGUGGACGAGGCCUUACUUAGUCCAAAUGGACACCUGGACUUGUCCCUCCGCUUCCUCCUGGGUCUUUCACUGGAGAACAAUCAGAAGCUCUUAAGAAGUCUACUGACACAAACAGGAAGUGAUUCACAGACCAAUCAGGAAACAGUUGAGUACAUCAAGAAGAAGAUCAGUGAGAAUCUGUCAGCAGAGAGAAGCAUCAAUCUGUUCCACUGUCUGAAUGAACUGAACCAUCGUUCUCUUGUGGAGGAGAUCCAAUGGUUCCUGAGAUCAGGAAGCCUGUCCACAAAGACACUGUCUCCUGCUCAGUGGUCAGCUCUGGUCUUCAUCUUACUGUCAUCAGGAAAAGAUCUGGAAGAGUUUGACCUGAAGAAAUACUCUGCUUCAGAGGAGGCUCUUCUGAAGCUGCUGCCAGUGGUCAAAGCCUCCAACAAAGCUCUACUGAGUGGCUGUAAACUCACAGAGAGAAGCUGUGAAGCUCUGUCCUCAGUCCUCAGCUCUGUGUCCUCUCGUCUGAGACACGUGGACCUGAGUAACAACGACCUGCAGGAUUCAGGAGUGAAGCUGCUGUGUGAUGGACUGAAGAGUCCUCACUGUUCUCUGGAGACUCUCAGACUAAGUGGCUGUAAACUCUCAGAGCGAAGCUGUGAAGCUCUGUCCUCAGUCCUCAGCUCUGUGUCCUCUCGUCUGAGACACGUGGACCUGAGUAACAACAACCUGCAGGAUCCAGGAGUGAAGCUGCUGUGUGAUGGACUGAAGAGUCCUCACUGUUCUCUGGAGACUCUCAGUCUGUCAGGUUGUCUGGUCUCAGAGGAAGGAUGUUCUUCUCUGACCUCAGCUCUGAACUCCAACCCCUCCCAUCUGAGAGAACUGGACCUGAGCUACAAUCAUCCAGGAGACUCAGGAGAGAAGCUGCUGUCUGCUGGACUGAAGAGUCCUCACUGGAGACUGGACACUCUCAGGUAUUGUACUCCUCCUCCUCCUCCUCUUCCUCUUCCUUCUCCUCAUCUUCCUCUUCAUGAUCAGCAGCAGUAUUAAAACUUGUCAGCAGGUUUAGGUUGAAGAUGUCCUGUUAUGUUUUCCUCUGUCAGUGAGUAUAACCAAACAUUAGUGACACUUUUUAAACACCUGUUGUUCUUCUUCUUCUGGCUCCUCCCUUUAGGGGGCGCCACAGCAGAUCAUCUGCCUGAUAGAUAUUGUUCUUGUUUGACAAUAAACUAGAAAACUAGAAACAAACACUAGACUCUGGUGAGAACGAGUGAAUGUCACGUAGUUCAGCCUGAGAAACGACCAGAACCAUGAACUGGACCGAUCAUCUGCACAGAGUAGCAGUAUCAUGUGAGAAGUCCUGGUACUGGGUACAGAACAGUCCUGGUCCACUUCAAACAGCCUCCUGAAACUGUGGUCUCUGGUUCUGCAGACACCGUCUUCUCUUUGAAACACACCAGUCCUUGUAGUUCAUCAUUGUGUCCACCAGAGUGCGUCAUUAAGACAACAGUUUGGACUCAUGUUGGACAGAAACUCAUUCAGACUGUUUCUUCCUCCAGGAUGGACCAUGCUGGAGAGCAGAGGUU